AUGGAAGAAAACUUACCGAAAGAACAAGUUGUAUUAGGUGUUGAGGAAGCUGACAAAACACUUGGGAUUGAUGACUGUCAAUACACUGGAACAGAUCAACGCACUUUGAGAACAGAUGAUGAACAGAGGACUAUGAAUCCCAGUUCAGCAGCUACUGACGCAAGUGGAAAUGGAAGCACUGUUGAUACACAGGUUAUACCAGAAGUCAACGGAGGAGGAGAUUGCCAUGCUGAAUCCUUUGAAAUACAAAUGGAAGGACCCAAGAAAGCAGACUGCUUACCUGGUGCAGACUGUCAGCAACAGGUUUCCAAAAUGGAUAACACAAAUCAGUCCCCGAUAGACAUAUUACAUGAGCUCAGAGAGUAUGAUCAUAUGAAAAGGUCUGACAGGGUCUGUUCAGAAAGCCCAUAUGACACGGAUUGCACCAAGCACCUUAUAUCAACUAUACAAAGUGCUUCCUCUCAGGAGGCUUUGCUGGAAGAGAUAGAGUCUGAACUGCUAUUAACGGAUUUAUUGAGAGAUCAUAAGUCUCCAAAUGGAGUCUGCAAGAGUGAGACUGCAUUGGCUGUGUUUGAAAAAUGUAUGCAAGAUAAAUAUCUGCAGCAAGAGCACACAAUAAAGAAAUUAAUUAAGGAAAACAAAAAGCACCAGGAACUAAUUUUGGAUAUUUGUUCGGAAAAAGACAACUUAAAAGAUGAAUUGAAAAAAAGAACAGAAACUGAAAAGCAGCAUCUUGGCAUUAUUAAACAGUUAGAGGCCAGAAUAGAGGACCUCCAAAAAGAAGUUAAAGGUGCUAAAGAUAAACUUGUAUCUCAAGAUGCUGCUGCAAAGAACGCUAUCCAGCAGCUGCACAAAGAGAUGGCCUUUCGGACUGAUCAGGCAAACAGGAAAUGUGAAGAAGCCCGCCAAGAGAAAGAAGCCAUGGUAAUGAAGUAUGUUAGAGGAGAAAAGGAAUCCCUGGACCUCCGAAAGGAAAAGGAAGUACUUGAAAGGAAACUGAGAGAAGCAAAUAAAGAAAUAGAAAAGCACAGUAAUAAAAUAAAGCAGCUUUCUCAGGAAAAAGUACGGUUGCAUCAGCUCUUUGAAAAUAAGGAAGGUGAAGCCACCAGAAUGUCAAGGGAAAUCGAAAAACUGAAGGAAGAAAUGAAUUCUCAUGUGAUCAAAGUGAAGUGGGCCCAGAACAAACUGAAAGUUGAAAUAGAUUUACACAAGGAAACCAAAGAUCGGCUUAAAGAGGCGACAACAAAAUUGACUCAAGCGAAAGAAGAAGCUGACCAGAUACGAAAGAACUGCCAAGAAAUGAUAAAAACAUACCAAGAGGCUGAAGAAAUUAAAUCAAAUGAAUUAGAUGUAAAACUUCGGCUUACAAAAGGAGAACUGGAAAAACAUCUGCAGGAAAAGUCUGAUCAUCUGGAGGUACAUCAUGCAAAAAUAAAAGAACUUGAAGAUGUGAAGCGAACGUUUAAGGAGGGUAUGGAUGAGCUGCGAACACUAAGAACAAAGGUCAAGUGUCUGGAGGACGAACGACUGAGAACAGAAGAUGAAUUAUCAAAAUACAGAGAAAUUAUUAAUCGCCAGAAGGCUGAAAUUCAGAAUCUUCUGGACAGAGUGAAAAUCAUAGAUCAGCUUCGCGAGCAGAAUAUGAAGGAUGGCCAAGAGAUUACUUCCUUGAAGGAAGAAGUGGACAGCCUCAACUCUCUGAUUACUGACUUCCAGAAGGAUAUCGACGGCAGCCGGAAAAGAGAGUCUGAGCUGUUGGUCUUCACUGAGAAACUGACCAGUAAGAAUGCUCAGCUGCAGUCAGAGACCAACUCCUUACAGAUGCAGCUUGACAAACUCACCUACAGUGAGAGGGAGUCACAGAAUCAGCUGGAACUUGUGAGGCAAGCGAGAGAUGAGCUGGCAAAUAAACUGCAGAAGGAGGAGCAGCACCACAAAGGCAAUGUUGAGAAGCUGCAGAUGGAAGUGAUUUCUCAACAGGAAGCAUUAGCAAGACUGAACACUCUAGCAGAUGAACUGAAAGACGAGUUGACUACGCAGAAGCGAAAACAUGCAGCAAAUCUUAAAGACCUCACCAAGCAACUCCAGCAAGCACGAAGAAAAUUGGAUCAGCUUGAAAAUGGCACCUAUGAUAAAGAAGUCAGCAGUAUGGGAAGUCGUUCCAGCUCAUCUGGAUCUCUUAAUGCUCGUAGUAGCAAUGAAGACCGGUCACCAGAAAACACAGGUUCUUCAGUAGCUGUGGAUAACUUCCCAGAAGUGGACAAGACCAUCUUGAUUGAGAGAAUAGUAAGGCUACAGAAAGCUCACGCUCGGAAAAAUGAAAAGAUGGAAUUCAUGGAGGAUCAUAUCAAACAGCUGGUGGAAGAAAUCAGGAAAAAAACUAAAAUAAUACAGAGUUACGUUUUAAGGGAAGAAGCUGGCACGUUGUCUUCCGAGGCCUCUGACUUCAACAAAGUGCAUUUAAGCAGGCGCGGUGGGAUCAUGGCCUCUCUCUACACGUCUCACCCGGCAGACAGUGGGCUCACGUUAGAACUCUCCCUGGAGAUAAACAGGAAGCUUCAGGCAGUUCUCGAAGAUACAUUGCUGAAGAAUAUCACUCUGAAGGAAAAUCUGCAAACACUGGGGACAGAAAUAGAACGGCUAAUUAAGCAGCAGCAUGAACUGGAACAGAGGCUGAAGGAAACAUAGCUGAGAGCGAAGCCAAGGAGGCAGAAGAGGCAGGUGUGCCGAACC